UGCAAGAUCUUAAUAUAUCCCACAAUAUGCUGACGAGUGUGGAUUCAAUUCCUCUUCAGUUUGCAGAUACUAUUGAUUUGCGGUCCAAUUUGCUUCAAGGAUCACUACCCAUUCCAUCAAAUUCCACUACAUUCUUCUUCAUAUCUAAUAAUAGUCUCACUGGAGAAAUUCCUUCAUCUAUUUGCAAUUUGACAACACUGGUAAUGCUUGAUUUGGCGACAAACAAUUUGAAGGGAGCAAUUCCGCAAUGUUUGGGUAAUAUUACUGCCCUCCAGGUUUUGGAUAUGCGCCACAACAAUCUUUCUGGGAAUAUUCCAACAACUUUCAGCAAUGGAAGUUCACUGAGCAGCCUCAACUUGCAUGGCAACAAACUAGAGGGGAAAAUCCCACAAUCCUUGACCAAUUGCAAACAACUUGAAGUUCUUGAUUUAGGAGACAAUCACCUCAACGACACAUUCCCCGUGUGGUUGGGGACUCUACCAAAGCUGAAAGUUCUAAGCGUGCGAUUCAACAAAUUGCAUGGUCCCAUCAGAACAUCAAGGAUUGAGAACAUGUUUCCAGAGCUUCGAAUCAUAGAUCUCUCUUACAAUGCCUUCUCAGGAAACUUACCUUCGAGUUUGUUUCAACAUCUGAAAGCCAUGAGGACAAUUGAUCUAUCAUUGGAAGCAUCAAGAUAUGGUGCAGAUCGAUAUUACCAAGACUCGAUAGCUGUCGUAUCCAAGGGAUAUGAGCGUGAAGUUGUGAGAAUCUUGUUUUUGUACACCACUAUCGAUCUUUCAAAGAACAAAUUUGAAGGACAUAUUCCAACUAUUAUGGGAGAUCUCAUUGCACUCCGUGUGCUGAAUAUAUCUCAUAAUGGAUUGGAAGGUCAUAUACCGUCAUCACUUGGAAGUUUAUCUUUGGUUGAAUCACUGGACCUAUCAAGUAACCAUCUUGUAGGAGAGAUACCAGCACAAUUUGCUUCUCUUACUUCUCUUGCAGUCUUAAAUCUUUCCUACAAUCAUCUCGAAGGGUGCAUUCCUCAUGGAAAUCAAUUUCAGACCUUUGAGAACAAUUCAUAUGAAGGCAAUGAUGGAUUACGUGGUUUUCCAGUUUCAAUAAGUUGUGGCAAUGAUCAUGUAUCAGGGAAAAAUUAUGCCGUAGAUGAUGAAGAAAGCAAUUCUGAAUUUCUGAGUGAUUUUCGGAAAGCUGCUCUUAUGGGGUAUGGAAGUGGACUAUGUAUUGGAAUAUCCAUAGUAUAUUUCAUGAUGUCAACUGGAAAACCGAUAUGGUUUGCAAGAAUCAUUGUAGAGCUGGAGCACAAAAUAAUGAUGGGAAGGAGAAAGAAGCAGCGAAGUCAAAGGAAUAACAGAAGAAGAAAUAAUCACUAAUCAUAUUACUGUUAUUUCUUUAAGGAAAAGAUGUAAUAAGUUGUAGACGCAUUAUCGUUAAAUCCUGUUUGCAUAAAGUGUGUAGCAUCAUUUGGCCAUGAAAAUUGAGGGUGAGAUGACCUUUAAUGAUAAGUUAUAUGCAAUAUAAAAUCUUAUGA